GGGGAGAGGGGGACUGCGAGCGCUCUUAGCUUAGGUAACCAACAAACCCAAUUACUAGGCUUUAUUGAUACUAAAAGGAGAAGUUACUGUCCUAACAGUUCUCCGGCGUAUUAGCGACUGAAAUCUGCCCGGGCUGACGGAAACGCCGCGGGCGGUCUGGGCUCCGGAGGUGGCAGCGCUGACCACGGCCAGGCCGGGCCGGCGGUGGCGGUGGACGGAGGUCCCCGCGCGCUUUAUUGCGACCUGCCGGCGGGAGCCUGGUCCCCGAGCCCGAGCGGCAUGGAACGGCGCAGCGACAGCCCGAGCCUGCGGGACAGCCCCGAGCGGCGAGGCGGCAGCCCGGACGCCAAGGGGCCCCCGGCGAAGGCGGCGCGGCUGGAGCAGAACGGCAGCCCCCUGGGCGCGCGCGGGCGCACUAACGGCGCGGCGGCCCGGGCCGUGGGAGGUUUGAUGGUGCCCGUCUUCUGCGUGGUGGAGCAGCUGGACGGCUCUCUCGAGUAUGACAACAGAGAGGAACACGCUGAGUUCGUCCUGGUGCGCAAGGAUGUGCUCUUCAGCCAGCUGGUGGAGACGGCGCUCCUGGCGCUGGGCUACUCCCACAGCUCUGCGGCCCAGGCCCAAGGAAUAAUCAAGCUGGGGAGGUGGAACCCUCUCCCCCUCAGUUAUGUGACAGACGCGCCUGACGCCACGGUGGCUGACAUGCUACAAGACGUCUAUCAUGUCGUGACGUUAAAGAUCCAGUUACAAAGCUGUUCGAAGUUGGAAGACUUGCCAGCCGAGCAGUGGAACCACGCCACCGUCCGCAAUGCCUUAAAGGAGCUGCUCAAAGAGAUGAACCAGAGCACACUAGCCAAAGAAUGCCCUCUCUCCCAGAGUAUGAUUUCAUCCAUUGUAAAUAGCACAUACUAUGCCAAUGUGUCAGCAACCAAGUGCCAGGAGUUUGGGAGAUGGUAUAAAAAAUAUAAGAAGAUUAAAGUGGAAAGAGUGGAACGAGAAAACCUUUCAGACUAUUGUGUUCUGGGCCAGCGUCCAAUGCACUUACCAAAUAUGAACCAGCUGGCCUCCCUGGGGAAAACCAGUGAACAGUCUCCGCACAGCCAAAUGCACCACAGUGCGCCCAUUCGCAACCAAGUGCCCGCGCUGCAGCCCAUCAUGAGCCCUGGCCUCCUCUCGCCCCAGCUCAGCCCGCAGCUCGUCCGGCAGCAGAUCGCCAUGGCCCACCUGAUCAACCAGCAGAUCGCCGUCAGCCGCCUGCUGGCCCACCAGCACCCCCAGGCCAUCAACCAGCAGUUCCUGAACCACCCGCCCAUACCCCGGGCAGUCAAGCCGGAGCCCACCAGCUCCUCCGUGGAGGUCUCUCCCGACAUCUACCAGCAGGUCCGAGAUGAGCUCAAGCGGGCCAGCGUGUCCCAGGCUGUGUUCGCCAGAGUGGCGUUCAACCGCACACAGGGGCUGCUGUCGGAGAUCCUGCGCAAGGAAGAGGAUCCCCGGACAGCCUCGCAGUCCCUGCUUGUGAACCUGCGGGCCAUGCAGAACUUCCUCAACUUGCCCGAGGUGGAGCGGGACCGCAUCUACCAGGACGAGCGUGAGCGCAGCAUGAACCCCAAUGUGAGCAUGGUGUCCUCAGCCUCCAGCAGCCCCAGCGCCUCCCGCACCCCACAGGCCAAAACCUCGACACCGACGGCAGAUCUCCCCAUGAAGGUGGACGGUGCCAACGUCAAUAUCACAGCUGCCAUUUAUGACGAGAUCCAGCAGGAGAUGAAAAGGGCCAAGGUGUCCCAAGCCCUGUUUGCCAAAGUGGCUGCAAAUAAAAGUCAGGGCUGGCUCUGUGAGCUGCUCCGCUGGAAGGAGAACCCAAGCCCGGAGAACCGCACGCUGUGGGAGAACCUCUGCACCAUCCGCCGCUUCCUGAACCUCCCCCAGCACGAGAGGGACGUGAUCUACGAGGAGGAGUCGCGGCACCACCACAGUGAGCGCAUGCAGCACGUGGUCCAGCUGCCCCCCGAGCCCGUGCAGGUCCUCCACCGGCAACAGUCCCAGCCCACCAAGGAGAGCUCCCCACCUCGGGAAGAGGCGCCCCCCGCGCCCCCUCCAGCUGAUGACAGCUGUGCCAAAAAGCCCCGCUCGCGCACCAAGAUCUCCCUGGAGGCCCUGGGCAUCCUGCAGAGUUUCAUCCACGACGUGGGCCUGUACCCAGACCAGGAGGCCAUCCACACGCUGUCGGCGCAGCUGGACCUGCCCAAGCACACCAUCAUCAAGUUCUUCCAGAACCAGCGCUACCAUGUCAAGCACCACGGCAAACUCAAGGAGCACCUGGGCUCCGCCGUGGACGUGGCUGAGUACAAGGACGAGGAGCUGCUCACCGAGUCGGAGGAGAACGACAGCGAGGAGGGCCCCGAGGAGGUGUACCGGGUGGAGGCCGAGGAGGACAGCGGCGACAGGGCCAAGGCCGCGCCCGCCGAGGGCGACCAGAGAUGAUGCGGCCGCGGCAGCGUCCCCGCGUCCUCUCCCUUCCUCACAGACACCCUCUCGGCUUGUUGCAUUCUCGUCCUUUUGUGUCUGUCUGGUUUCCCUUGCCCGUCACGACAUUCCUCUGUUGCACAGGACAUGCCUGGAGACUGAGUCCGGCACUUUAGCUCGGACAGCACCUUGGCAGAGACUUCCGCGGCCCAGCCCAGCCCGAGCCCGCAGGGUGCAGUGGCCCUGCCCACCAGCGGUGGGGGGCUCGGGCUCAGGCUCGGGCUGCAGGGCACGCGCGUGUGCAUAUGUACAUGUGUGUGCGUGUAUAGAGCUCUGCUCCCCGCGUGGAUGCAGACCGCGGCCUGCGAGAACAGGCCACGAGAUGAGCUCCACGGAAAAGACUUGGCCACCUGUUAAAACCACUUCCCACGAGUCGCUUUGGCUUUUUGAUGACCUGCGGCCUGCUCUCAGGGUGGGGUGACUUAUUUUUUGAACGCCUAUUUAUUUUUUGUGUUUGUCCCUGAUGUUUUUUUUAAUUCAGUGGCUUCCUAUCUGGCAGCUCCAUGGGUAAUUUUUAGAGGUAUGUAUUUAACAAGAUAAAUCAACACUGCCAAAAAAAAAAGGAAUAAAGAAGAAGGCGAGUGAAAACAAAUCAGGGCAAAUUAAAAUGCUACAAGUCAGAUUACUCACUCGCAAAGACACAGUUCAGUGCACAGUUCAGUGACUGCGCAGCGGACUGGCUGGCUGGCUGGCUGGCCGUCCGUCCGUCCGUCCAUCCAUCCCUCGUUGGUCCUCGCCCUGGUGAGCAGAUCUGCAUCCUGGAGGCCAGGCGAGGAAAAGCCAGCUCCGUGCAGCAGCUGCCUGCCUGGUGGCAGCCCGAAUUCAUGCCAGGAGCCACAGCUCACGGGGAAUCACUUCCCUGUGGUGGCUUCAGAUCUUAAACUAUUAAGCCUGCUCAUUUAAAAGUUGUUCUUCUUGGUUGUUGCUGUUUUUGUUUUUGUUUUCGUUUUACUAGAAAAUAGUUCAGUGUAUGUUAAGUUAGGGAAGAAGCUGCCGCCCAGCCCGAGGGGCUCCCUCUCCCCACCUGGCUCUUAUUCCCAAGCUCGGACUCCUCCUCGUCACAGGCGAUGACCCCUGGUCACCUGCACCGUUCGCCCGCCCCGCUGCAGCCCCAGCCCAGCCGCUGCCAGCCCUGCGUGCUGGCCUCCGGCAGCAGUCAGUGAAGCAGCCGCGGCAGGGUCACCUGCGUGGCGCGGAAGGAAAGUGUCCCGCUGUCCACGUGUGGAGCCCGGGGCUGCCCUGUCCUUGCCCUUCACGGAGGCAGGAGGGCACCGCGCCCAGGUGCCUGACUCUGCCUCCCGUGUUCGCGGCCCCACACGGGUGGAGUUUUUUUCGGUUGUGUCUCAUGCAACUUUGUCAAAGACCUCAUGCAAUAUCACUUUGAAAGUUACUUUCUGUUUACCACACAAGCAUUGUAAUAUAACUGUUAAUACUAUUUAUAUAUUUGAAAGGUAUAAAAGGUAGGAGUUAAAAAACGUCUAUGUGUAGAUGUUAACUCAGAACUUACACUCUACAGGGAGAAGACACGUUGCAAUACAAGCUAACUCUAGCUGCUCAGUGACCUCUGGAGUUUUUAAGGGACAUUUUCCUGUACUGUUUCCAAUAACGACGUUUCGACCUUACCUUGCCAUGAGCGUCACAUGUCCGCGGAGGGGCGGCGGCGGGGAAGUCGCUCCUUCCUGUCUGUCCGUGCUGCAGCUUUGCCCGAGGGCCGAGCUCGCUGCCCGAGCCCCAGUUACCCCCCGCUCGUCUUCUCGGCCGUCGCCAAGGUCACUCUGCACACACCCUAGGAACCGGCUCUGCCAAGCUCUCGCCAGGUGGCUCCUUGCUCCAUGACAUCCGCAUUGGGGAUCUUUUACACUUCAACCAAAAAUUUAUUAGGUAUUUUUCAAUGCUAAGUCUUGCCUUUUAUGUUUUAAGUUCACUGCCGAGUUUGCAGUGGUUCUAAGUGAAUCUGUGGGCAUUUUAGCCUGUGGUCUUGCCAGAUCUUUGCGAAUUACAAUGCAUAUAUGUCUAUUUAUUCAAUAUCUGUCAUAUAAUAUCUAUUUGGAAAAAGAAACUUUCUCUUGUAGUGCCUCUUGACAAAGCACAAUUUCCCGCCUUUUUUUUGUGAAAUGAAAAGAAAAAAACAAAUUGUGUUUUAUUGCAGUAUCAACAAUGUGAAUAAGGAUUAACAUAUUGUAAAUGUUCUUUUUUCCAUGUAAAUCAACUAUCUUUGUUAUCACUAAGUGAUAAUUAAUUUUUAACUUAUGUGCAUUGUUAGGCUGUUAGAAUUUUUUGGUUGUUAAAAUAAAACGCAUUCAAUAAA